CUUCAUCCUCGACCAGCCUGAGCUCCACGAGACUUCGCUUGUAGUGGCAGAGCGCUCGCGUCCCCGAGGCCAUCUGGUGUCGAAGAGCGAUCACCCGGAGUAGCGUGAGCGGCCAUGUUGGAACUCCAUGGAUCAUCGUAUCUCUCCGACACGAGACGAAAACUCCUGCUGAAGAGCAUUCAGAAGCGCUGCCCCAAAGUCGCUCUCGCCGACGCUGUCUACGUCCAUCUCGUGGAGGAACAAGGCAACGAGUUGCAAUCCGGCGAAUCAAAGUCACGGGCCACCCUUGAGCGACUUCUCGACUAUGGCGACUAUAUCUCCCUGCCUGGAACCGCGGACGCCCUGCACACUCAGCAGAAUGUGGUGUACGUUCUGCCCAGACCCGGUUCUGUAUCGCCUUGGUCGAGCAAGGCUACCGACAUCGCGGCGCUCUGUGGCCUCAGAGAGCACGUAAAGCGCAUCGAACGAGGGGUGGCAUUCGUCUUCCAGACAUCGGAGGGUCCCAUCACCCCAGAGGACCUUUCCCUGUUUAGAGACCUGCUUCACGAUCGCAUGACUCAAGUUGUCCAACUGAGUCGUCCACACCCGGAGCUGCUUUUUGCACACAGGCCUGCUGCGCCUCUUAUAACCGUCGACCUGGUAUCCAGCAGCGAAGACAAGCAGCAUGCGCGCGACAAGCUGGGUGCUGCCAACAAGGAGCUGGGGUUGGCACUGUCUUCCGAUGAGGUCGACUAUUUGGUCGAUGCCUUCGUCGCGGGUCCAUCGCCUAUCAAUCGGAAUCCUACGGACGCAGAACUGUUUAUGUUCGCACAAGUGAACUCAGAACACUGCAGGCACAAAAUAUUCAACGCAUCAUGGACCGUUGACGGCCAGCCGCAGGACACGUCUCUCUUCCAGAUGAUCAGAAAUACCGAAAGGAUCUCGGGUCAGGGCACGAUCUCUGCUUACUCCGACAACGCAGCCGUCUUCGAAGGCCACCGCGCUCCUCGGUUCGGUGUCUCAUUCGCCUCGUCCAGCUUGCCCACGUACGAGGCCCACCUGGAGGACAUGCCCAUCCUAGUCAAGGUGGAGACGCAUAACCACCCUACAGCCGUUUCGCCUUAUCCUGGCGCUGCCACAGGCUCCGGUGGUGAAAUCCGAGACGAAGGCGCCGUCGGGCGCGGUUCGAAGCCCAAGGCCGGCCUCGCAGGUUUCACCGUCUCCAACCUGCUCAUACCGGGCUACGAGCAGCCUUGGGAGACGGACUUUGGGCGGCCUGCGCACAUCGCCUCCGCUCUGGACAUUAUGAUAGAGGGCCCCCUCGGUGCGAGUGCGUUCAACAACGAGUUCGGGCGCCCAGCACUCGCGGGGUACUUCCGCACAUUCGCUGAACGUGUGCCUGCUGGGACGGAGGGCGAGACCGAGGUGCGAGGAUACCACAAGCCGAUCAUGAUCGCCGGCGGCCUGGGAAACGUCCGCCCAUCGUUCUCCUUGAAGUCGAAGAUCUCCUCUGGCGCGAAGAUCAUCGUCCUCGGCGGCCCCGGCUUGCUUAUCGGGCUUGGAGGAGGCGCUGCGAGCAGCCAGGUCUCAGGUGCUGGCUCGGCCGAGCUCGACUUCGCGAGCGUGCAGAGGGACAACGCAGAGAUGCAGAGACGAUCCCAGCAAGUGAUCGACGCGUGCACGAACCUGGGCGAGGACAACCCCAUCCAGUCCAUCCACGACGUCGGCGCUGGUGGUCUUUCGAAUGCUCUCCCGGAGCUGAUCCGAGAUGUCCUCGUUGCAGACACGAGCAUGUCACCAAUGGAGAUCUGGUGUAACGAAUCUCAGGAACGCUACGUUCUCGCCAUAUCGCCUGAGAAGGAGGAACAGUUCCGCGCAUUGGCCAACCGCGAGCGGUGCCCCUUCUCGAUCGUGGGUGUCGCUACCGCCGAGGAGGAACUCGUGGUGACAGACAGGCUGUUCAAGACGGACGUCAUCCGGCUGAAGAUGUCCACCUUCAGUAAGGCUGUUAACCAUGUACCCUUCGACACCACGCUCUCCCGCUACCUACCCUCUUCCCGCGUUCUCAGGCUGCCUUCCGUUGGCUCGAAGUCCUUCCUCAUCACAAUCGGCGAUCGCAGCAUCACCGGCCUCGUCGCUCGCGAUCAAAUGGUCGGGCCCUGGCAGGUCCCCGUCGCCGACGUAGCUGUCACCCAAACCUCAUACGGCUUCGACGUUCGCUAUGGGGAGGCCAUGGCCAUGGGCGAGCGGACGCCAGUCGCGCUGCUGAGCGCCGCUGCCUCUGCGCGCAUGGCAGUCGCCGAGUCUCUCACCAACUUGGCUGCCGCGCGCAUUGGCGAUCUCGGUCGCGUGAAGCUCAGCGCGAACUGGAUGUGUGCGGCGUCGAAGGCCGGCGAAGGCGCUGCGCUGUACGCUGCCCUGUGCCCUGCGCUGGGCGACUCGAUGUCAAUGUCGAUGAAGUGGCGCCAAGACGAUGAGCAGCGGGAAGUCAGCUCUCCGCUUUCGCUGAUCGUCACCGCCUUCGCUGGCGUUGAGGACCUGCGCACGGACGUCGAGGAACCCACUGUCCUGGUCCUCUUCGAUCUAGCUGCUGGGAAGCAGAGGCUGGGCGGAUCCGCACUCGCGCAGGUGUUCAAGGAGAUUGGUUCUGAAUCUCCUGAUGUCGAUGACCCUGCGAUGCUCAAGGCGUUCUUGGUCGGCACUCAGACCAUUCGCGAGAGUGCACCUGAAUUCGUCCUGGCGUAUCACGACCGCUCGGAUGGCGGUCUCUUCACCACCGUCGCCGAAAUGUCCUUCGCAGGCCGUGUUGGCGUAGAGAUCGCAUUGGAUGGCCUUGCAUCGUGCGAUGACCCCGUUGCCGCGCUCUUCAACGAAGAGCUUGGUGUAGUCGUGCAGGUCCGCUUGUCAGAUUACGACCGCCUUGUCGACUUGUUCGCGCAAGCUGGGUUCCCUGUUCCACAUAUCCGCAGCAUCGGUCAGGUCAAGAGCGUUGGCGACCAAACGUUCACCAUCGUGUGCAACAAUGAGGUGCUCUAUUCUAACAGUCGCCCCGCACUUCAACAGGCAUGGGCCGAGACAUCCUUCAGAUUACAGUCCCUCCGCGAUGAUCCCGUGGGCGCUAAGCAGGAGUACAACCUCAUCGACGACCAGACGCAUACCGGUCUAUCCUACGCGCUCAACUUCACGCCACAGCCAUCGCAUGUCACAGCGCAUCGACCCCGGGGCGUGAACGGCCAGAUCGAGAUGGCAUGGGCCUUCACCGAAGCAGGCUUCGAGGCCGUCGACGUCCACAUGUCCGACAUCCUUACCGGCUCCAUAUCCCUCAAGUCCUUCCGCGGUUUCGCAGCCUGCGUCCUGCUGAAUGAGGUGGCACGAGCAGAGUUCGAGGCGUUCUUCGCGCGCAAGGACACGUUUGCUCUGGGCGUGUGCAACGGGUGCCAGUUCAUGAGCCACCUGCGCGAGAUCAUUCCCGGCGCGCAGGCAUGGCCCGACUUCAAGCAGAACCGCAGUGAGCGCUUCGAAGGGCGCGUGUGCAUGGUGGAGGUCGUAUCUGGGAGCGUAACGAACAACUCGGUAUUCCUGAGCGACAUGGCGGGUUCAAAGUUCCCUGUUGCCGUCGCGCAUGGCGAAGGGCGGGUCUCGUUCAGGGCGACGCAGGACCAGGAGGCGCUGCUGUCUGAAGGCUUGGUGGCAGUACGCUAUGUCAACGCGAAGGGCGGGCCGACAGAGGUGUACCCACUCAACCCGAAUGGCAGUCCACUCGGCAUCACUGGCGUGCAGACUCCGGAUGGCAGGGUGCUCGCGUUGAUGCCGCAUCCCGAGCGAGUGACGCAGCUGGUCAGUAACAGUUGGUACCCGCCGGAUGUCAAAGAGGUCUGGAAGGGCGUCGGGCCGUGGUUCAGGAUCUUCCAAAAUGCACGAAGGUGGUGCGAGAACUGAAACAAAUAAUAUAGAGCCUGUAUACUCGUCGAUAGAACCAGAGAAGAAACAAAUGAUGUAGACUUACUGCAAUUCGGGACCGUGCGAUGAUAAAGGGUUGCUUCAUCCACGCCAUCAAGGAUACGGCAGUGGGCAUUUUCAGCCUCAGAAGCCCGGACAGCCCGAUGACGAUUCAGCUGGUAGUUCC